AUGGGAUAAAUUUUAGAAUAAUGUUGUAAAAAAGGUGAAAAGAAUCAAAUGAAAUCAAGUGUGGCUUUGUCUAAUUAGAGUUUGGAUGAACCAAUUGAAAUUACAGAAGAAUUAAUUCAAAAAUUGAAAUAAUAAUUAGAUGAUGUAAAAAAGAAAUUAGGAGAUUUCGAAGUAUAAAAUACAUUCAAUAUAACACAAAAUGAUGUUUGGCCAAUUAAAGUAUAUAUAAAGUGAGAAUUAGUUAUUAGGAAGGGGUUCAUUUGGAAAAGUAUAUUUAGUCAAAAUUAAGGAUAAGUUAUAUGCUAUGAAACAGAUUAAGAAAAAGUUAAUAUUAAAGAAAUAAUAGUUAGAAAAUUUACUUUGUAAAAUUAUAUUCAUUUAUAAGAAAAGAUGAAAGAUUCAUUUUGCAAAAAUAUGAUCAUCCUUUUAUCAUAAAAAUGUACUUUGUUUAUUAAGAGCCUUUAUUUAUCAAUAUGGUAAUGGAAUUUGUAUAAGGAGGAGAAUUGUUUUAUCAUUUGAACAAACGUAAAAAGUUUGAUUAAAAAACGACUGCAUUUUUUGCAUCUUAAAUAGUUUUGGCCCUUGAAUUUUUGCAUGAAACAGUUGGAGUUGCUUAUAGAGACUUAAAACCUGAAAAUGUUCUACUAUGUAAAGAUGGUUACAUAAAAUUGGCUGAUAUGGGACUAGCAAAAGAUAAUAGCGAAUUAAAUUAUUCAUUUUGUGGUACUGCUGAAUAUUUGGCUCCUGAAAUGAUUGAGGGUAAAAUUUAAUUUAAGAAUAAGAGAAGGGACAUAAUUCAUCAGUUGAUUUUUGGACACUAGGUUGUAUUAUUUUUGAAAUGCUUUUCGGUCAUCCUCCAUUUUAAGAUGAAAAUAAAAAAAAUUUAUAUAUAAAGAUCCAAACAGGUGAGUUUAAGUUUCCACCAAAUGCGAGUUAAUCAGCAUAAUCUUUAAUUAAAGGAUUAUUAUAAUACCAUCCAGAAGAAAGAUUAAAUUUUACAUAAAUCAAAUAGCAUGAAUUUUUUGAAGAAAUAGAUUUUGAUUUAAUAUAUAAAAAGAAACUAAAGCCACCUUUUGAACCUUUAUUGACAACUGAAAAGGAUACAAGAAAUUUUGAUUAUGUUUUGGAAAGUUAAUUGAAAUAAUCUGAAAUUCCAAAUAUCCCUUUAGCAUAAGAAUUAUUUUAAGAUUUUCCUUUUUUGGCAAAAUAGUAAUUAUAGUUUUGA